AUGGCUGCUACCAUCAACCCCGACGCCAAAGGUGGCUCAGUGGUAGUGAUGGAAAAGACUGAUAAACGAGAUUAUUUGAUUGCCCUUGAAUCCCCCGCUCAAGCAUCAUGGUCAAAAAGCCAUUCAUUCGAAUCAAAUCCUCCUCCUCUGCCUGAAGGUGUCAAAUCAUACUCUGAUUUCUUCUCAUCCGGACAAUCUAUGGAAGAAAUCCAAAAGAAAUACCCAAAGUGGUUCGGUACCUUCGCAUACCCUUACAUGAACGGUUCUCUUCACUUGGGUCAUGCUUUCACAAUCACCAAAAUUGAAUUUGCAGCUGGAUUUGAGAGAAUGAGAGGAAAGAACGUAUUGUUUCCUUUAGGCUACCACGCCACUGGUAUGCCAAUCAAAGCUGCUUCAGAUAAACUCAUAAGAGAAAUGGAAAUGUUUGGUGAGGAUUUCUCAGGAUACAAGGAAGAGGAAGCAGACGAAUCAGGACCUGCACCACCCGUUCCUUCGACAACUGCUUUACCAGCCAAAUCUCUUGAAUCAACAGAUCCAUCCAAAGGUAAAAAAGGGAAACUGAAUGCGAAAUCAACUGGAUUGACAUAUCAAUUCCAAAUCCUCGAAUUGAUCGGUGUACCAAAAGAAGAACUCAAAAAGUUCGCUGAUCCUUAUUACUGGCUGGAAUAUUUCCCACCUAUCGCUAAACAAGACUUGAGUGCCAUGGGUGCUAGGAUAGACUGGAGAAGACAGUUUUUAACAACUGACGCCAACCCAUACUACGAUUCUUUCGUUCGAUGGCAAAUGAACAAACUUUACCAACAAGGAAAAGUCAAGUUCGGAAAAAGAUAUACCAUUUACUCUCCAAAAGAUGGUCAACCUUGUAUGGAUCACGAUCGUCAAUCAGGAGAAGCUGUCAAUCCUCAAGAGUACACCGCUGUGAAGAUGGAAGUUCUUGAAUGGGGACCUACAGUAUCUAGUGAGGUCAAACAAGCUGUUGGUGGAAAGAAAGUCUGGAUGGUAGCUGCUACCCUUCGUCCUGAAACCAUGUAUGGUCAAACUAACUGUUUUGUUGGACCAAACAUCAAAUAUGGGCUUUUCGAAUCUGCUCACAACGAGCUUUACCUUGUAACUGAGAGAGCGGCUAGAAAUAUGGCCUUCCAAGGUACUUUCGAAGGAGAGAAUGGUCGAGUUGCCAAAGUCGCGGAUGUCACAGGCUCAGAACUUCUUGGAACCAAAGUCAUCCCUCCCUUCGGUGUCGCCAAGGAAGUUUACGUGCUUCCCAUGGAAGGUGUCCUCGCUACCAAGGGUACUGGUGUUGUCACUUCCGUACCUUCUGAUUCACCUGAUGAUUACCGAACUCUCAUGGAUCUCCGAAAGAAAGCAGAGAUGUACAAAAUCCAACCUGAAUGGGCAGCUAUCGACCCGAUUCCCGUCCUGAAGACCGAGAAGUAUGGAGACAUGGCCGCCGAAUUCCUUUGUGACAUGCUCAAGAUUCAGUCUCAACGAGACAAAGACAAGCUUGCUGAGGCUAAAGACCUCACCUACAAAGAAGGUUUCUACAACGGUGUAAUGACUAUCGGUGACUUCAAGGGUGAACCUGUAGCGGAGGCUAAACCUAAAGUCAGACAACAGAUGAUAGAUGCUGGUCUUGCUACUCCUUACGCUGAACCUGAAAGUGAAGUCAUCUCUCGUUCUGCGGACGUCUGUGUUGUUGCCCUUGUAGACCAAUGGUACCUUGAUUACGGAGAGGAUUCAUGGAAGGCCAGCGCUUUCAAAUUACUCGAAGGAUUGAACACUUAUCAAGUCGAGACACGAAACGGAUUCGAAGCUGUCCUAAAUUGGCUCAAUAAGUGGGCUUGUGCACGAUCAUAUGGUUUAGGUUCGAAACUCCCUUGGGAUCCAGUAUGGCUCGUCGAAUCCCUUUCUGACUCUACCAUCUAUAUGUCAUACUACACUGUUGCCAACCUUCUCCACGAUGAUAUGUUCGGUAAGAACCCUGGACCACUUGGAAUCAAAGCUGAACAAAUGACCGACGAGGUUUGGGAAUACGUUCUUGGAUCUGGAGAAUUACCUUCAAACUCACCUGUCGAACCUGAGAAAGCCGCUCAAUUGAAAUACAGCUUCUCAUACUUCUACCCUCUCGAUAUCCGAUCGUCAGGAAAAGAUCUCAUUCCUAACCAUCUUACUUUCUGGAUCUAUAUACACGCUGCUCUCUUCCCUGAGAAACAUUGGCCCAGAUCUGUCAGAACCAAUGGUCAUCUGAUGUUGAACGGAAAGAAGAUGUCAAAGUCCACCGGUAACUUCUUGACGAUGAAGGAAGCUACAAAGAAGUACGGUGCCGAUGCGGCUAGAUUGACCCUCGCCGAUGCGGGUGAUGAUAUCACAGAUGCGAACUUCGAGGAGACUGUAGCCAAUGCUGCUAUUCUUCGACUUCACACUGCUUGUCUUUGGGCUGAGGAGAUGAAAUCCACUGAAUCUACUCUCCGAACUGGUGAACUCAACGACUUCGAUCGAGGAUUCCAAACUGAGAUUGACUCUAUGGUUGAGGACACAUACGAGGCCUUUGAUCAAAUGGAGUUCAAGCGAGCCCUUAAAUCUGGUUUAUACGAUUUCGAGAACGCACGAAACUUCUAUCGACUGAUCUCCGAUCCAUCAAACGGUGGACAAGGAAUGCACCGAGAUUUAGUAUUUGCAUGGAUUCGAGCCAACACUCUACUCAUCGCACCUUUCACUCCCCAUUUUUCUGAACACGUUUGGAAGAACGUUUUAGGCGAAACUAGCAAUAUUCAAUCUGCACAAUUCCCUCGAAAGUCAGCUCCAAUCGAUACAUCUCGUCUAGCACAACUAGAAUAUAUGAGACAGGUCGUUGAAAAACUCCGUGGGGCAGAAGCUCAACUUGGUAAAAAGAAGGGUAAAGGAAAACAUACUGUGUAUGAUGAUAGAAAACCUAAACAGACUAGAAUUUAUGUCGCUUCAAAAUUCCCAGAAUGGCAAGAAAAAACCAUAGCUCUUGUUAGAGAGGUUUACGAUGGAAAGGAUAUAGAUGAUGCUGCUCUCAAAGUAAAAUUCCAAGAGACUGGACUGAUAAAAGACAAGAAGAUCAUGCCGUUUGCUCAGCAAUUCAAGCGAAAGGUUCUUGCAGAAGGAGAGUCAGCGUUCGACCGAGCUUUAGCAUUUGACGAACUACACACACUCAAAGUACUGGUACCAUACAUCAAGGCAUCAGCUAGAUUCAGCGAUAUAGACGUCAUUUCAGUAUCGGAAGCACGAGCAAUCUUGGCUAAAGAACCUGAGAAAGAGAACUUUGAUGCUACAAAGGUUGAGAAUGCUCAACCUGGAUUCCCAGAGAUACAAUUCUGGAAUAUCUAG